GGAAAGACUCUAAAAAUAUGCAGUCUUGCGUGUGCCUCUCCUACCAAUAUAUAUAGGCAAACCCCAUAGCUCACCCCCAUGAGCCUAUCUCACUGAUUCUCAAGUUGUGGGACACAGAGGAAGAGAGAUUGAGAAACGAGGGAGAUGGAGACAGAAACUGAGAGGAAACCAUCCAAAUUCAAGAGGAUUUGUGUUUUCUGUGGCAGCAGCCCUGGCAAGAAAAGCAGUUACAGGGAUGCUGCAAUUGAGCUCGGAAGAGAGUUGGUGUCGAGGAAUAUUGAUCUGGUUUACGGAGGAGGCAGCAUUGGUUUAAUGGGGUUAAUUUCGCAAGCUGUUUAUAAUGGUGGCCGGCAUGUGAUAGGAGUUAUUCCCAAGACACUCAUGCCCAGGGAGAUCACUGGAGAAACAGUGGGAGAAGUGAAGGCUGUUGCAGACAUGCAUCAAAGAAAAGCCGAGAUGGCCAGGCGCUCUGAUGCCUUCAUUGCCUUGCCCGGUGGGUAUGGUACACUGGAGGAGCUUCUGGAGGUGAUCACUUGGGCUCAACUUGGAAUCCAUGAUAAACCAGUGGGAUUGUUGAAUGUGGACGGAUACUACAAUUCCUUGUUAUCAUUCGUUGACAAAGCAGUGGAGGAAGGCUUCAUUAGCCCUAAUGCACGUCACAUCAUUGUCUCUGCCCCAACUGCAAUAGAGCUUGUAAAAAAGAUGGAGGAAUAUUUCCCACGCCAUGAAAGAGUUGCUCCCAAGCGAAGCUGGGAAAAUGAGCAACUUAGCAAUGAAGCCACCGCGUAUGAGAUCUUAAGGUGAUUCAUACACUAACGGAUGGGAAACAUGUGGUAGAAAGAGUUGUCAGUUUAACGUUUAAGGGACCUUAUAAUAUUAGCCUAGCUAGAUUAUGACCCACAAUUUCCUUCUAGUGCAGUGCGUCUUCUCUUCAUCACUUUCCGUGUUGUUAUUGUAAACCACAUAAUUAACCGCAAUCUAGUUAUCAAGGCCUGACCACUCCUCUCAA